AUGGCGGUAUUGCACAUUUGUCGAGUCGGCUCGGCUGAAACGGACCAACAAAUCAAGAGGAAGAAGCUGUUGUGGUUUGAAUUUUGUAGCGCUAAGGAUUGCGAGCGCGAGUGCCCUACAAGGGAUGAAGCGUCGAUUGGAGGGACAGCCCGGCGGGGUUCUGGAUUCUGGAGUGGCGUCUACUGUAGGAGCGGGCCAUGUGAUGGGACAGACAGUGAUCGGAUCGGGAGGGAUCUUGGCCGGGGUCUCAAUGGUUUCAUGCUGAUCGUGAAUUCUGGAAAGCUUACAUAUAAUCAGCCCAGUGUAUUGGGCCCGGAUGGCAAAGUGGGUCCUCUGGCACCAUGGUUAGCUCCAAUUGUAUCGGAAGGAACCUUUGAUCCCACACUGAUUGAUGCGAUCUACAAACAACAGAACAUUACUGUAGCAACCACCAUCUUUGCUCUUGGAAAAUACACCGUUUUCCUAAAAGAUUUCCUGGAGUCUGCAGAGCAAAAUUUCUUUGUUGGGUUUCGUGUGCACUAUUUUGUCUUCACCGAUCAUCCAGAACAGGUUCCUGAUGUGAAACUGGGUGAACAACAUAAACUGACGGUGAUGACAGUCAAUAGUUCGAGCAGAUGGCAGGAGAUGAGUUUGGGCAGGAUGAAAAGUCUGGAGAUGCUGAUUGAGAGUGGACUGGUCAAUGACGCUGACUAUCUUUUCAGCCUUGAUGUGGAUACAAAGUUCUACGGCCACUGGGGAGCAGAGACUUUGGGUAAUCUUGUAGGUGUGAUACAUGCAUGGUAUUAUAAUUCCCCUCGUGAGCAAUUCCCAUAUGAGCGAAGGCCUGAGUCUCAAGCGUUUAUCUCUAAAUCUGAGGGUGAUUAUUAUUAUGGUGGGGCUGUGCUUGGGGGUUCAGUGAAGUACGUAUAUCAGCUUGCUAAAACCUGUCGAGAGCAGCUGGACAUUGAUGCAGCUAAAUCCAUUGAGGCAGCAUGGCAGGAGGAGUCCCAUUUGAACAAGUACUUCCUUUAUAACAAACCCAGUAAACUGCUUUCACCUGAAUAUUCUUGGGAUGAUAAAAGAGGGAAACUACAAGAGAUCAAAAUCAUUAGAUUCUCUCAUGUCCUUAAAAACUAUGCUGAAGUUCGUCCAAACAAAUAAAAGAAU